AUGGCUGCCGAGAACGGGACACGAACGCUCUUUCAGGAAAUCGCUUCUGAGAAGUCAGAUGUUCUAUUUUAUCGUCACCGCAGGGCAACAUUUCAGAAUUGGUGUUUUGACAAUUCUGGAUCCCCUUGUUCAUCUGAAGCGCUGGCAAGAGCAGGAUUCGUCUUUUCUGGAACGAGGGCUGAGCCAGCUACAGCUACAUGUGCGUUUUGUUUGAAGGAGAUGAUAUUCGAGGAGAAGGAUGACCCCUGGGAGGAGCACCGGUCACACGCAAAAAAUUGUAGCUUUGUGGAAUUGAAUAAACUGGAUGAAAAGACGUGGACAGUGAGAGACUUCAUAUUUCUGCUAGCUGGCCGGUUAGCUGCUGAGCAGGUAGCCCUUGGAAUUCACGAUAUUCAUAAGAAUCGCCAUUUCAGAUUGCUGCCUGCCCCUUCUGCUGUCACUGACGAGUACUCCCAAGUUCGACGAGAUCCUUGGUUUCGUGGACGUGAAGACGCGUUGCCCACUCCUACAGGUAUUGUAGUGAAGGAACCGCCUCCCUAUGGGCGACGUCAGGGCUUCAAACCGCGCAAUGCUGAAGACUUCGGCGAUGGUGGAGCAUUCCCAGAAAUCCACGUGGCUCAGUUUCCACUUGGAAUGGGUCUGGGAGAACGAAAGGGAAAAAAUGAAGGGCAAAUUGCACUGCAGUAUGAUGCUGAUGGAAAAUUAAGACAUGAUGCUAUAGCACGACUCGGACAUGACAAAAAUAAGGUGGUUUAUACAAAACUAGCGGAUAUGAGGGCAAAGGCAUGGGAUGAAGAAGAUGAGGAUAUACAAAGACCUGAUGAGGAGACUAUUGCUGAACAAACAGAGAAAACACGCUUAGCGUUGGAGAAAAUAACGGAGAGCAAGGUAGCCUCAGCUUUACCUGUACGCCAUGCCGAAAAGCAAGCACCUGCUCAGUAUAUCAGAUAUACACCUAGUCAGCAAAGUGGCGGGCACGCUGGAGGUUCACAACAGCGAAUUAUUCGUAUGGUGGAGGAGCAAAAAGAUCCCAUGGAGCCACCAAAGUUCAGGAUUAAUCAGAAAAUUCCCCGUGCACCUCCUUCGCCGCCAGCUCCCGUAAUGCACAGUCCUCCACGAAAGGUGACAACAAAAGAUCAAAACGACUGGAAAAUUCCACCUUGCAUUUCAAACUGGAAAAAUCCAAAAGGUUUCACUGUAUCACUCGAUAAAAGGCUAGCUGCUGAUGGAAGAGGAUUGCAGCAAGUACGUUUGGUACAUCCUUGUGCGUAUUCCAAAAAUUCUCUCAUUUUCAGACCCAUAUUAAACGAAGGCUUUGCAAAACUAUCGGAAGCGCUGUACAUUGCUGACAGGAAGGCCAGGGAAUCCGUGGAAGCGAGAGCCCAACUGGAGAAGAGGGUUGCUCAACAUAAGAAACUCGAGCAAGAAGCUCGUAUGCGUGAAAUGGCUGCCAAAGCGAGACAGGAACGUGCUGGUAUCAGGAAAAGGGACGAAGAUGAAGAUGAGGCCGUCAAAGCACGAGAGGAAGUCAGACGUGAUCGUCUUGAUGAUAUUCGUAAGGAGAGGAAUAUCGCGCGGAAUAGACCUGAUAAGGUCGACAAGCUUAUGCGGGACCGUGAUCGCGAUAUUUCUGAGAAAAUUGUACUCGGUCUACCAGACGCUAAAGUUCGAUCCAGCGAAACGCAGUUCGAUCAAAGGCUGUUCGAUCAAAAUAAGGGUCUCGACAGUGGAGCCAUGGACGAUGAAACGUAUAAUCCGUACGAUAAAGCAUGGCGUGGUGGUGAUAAUGUUCAGCAACACAUAUACAGGCCAAGUGAGUCAAUGAAUCGCUCUUUUUCUUUUUGCUCUUCUUUUUCUAGUGGGUUCGGAUCGAACGUUUAUAUUCAUUUUACAAUUACCCCUAGCUUAAGCCCAAAGAACAAGUUCUGCGAAGUAAGGUUUUAA